CACCGCGCUGACCCCGCGCUCGGUCCGCAGCUCCCCGGCGCGGAGGAGAGGCCCCGGCAGAAGGUCGCCGCUGCCAAGCUCAACGAGGAGAUCUCCAGCGACUCGGACGUCGAGAGCCCUGCGUUAUCUGGGAAGCGGAAGAGGGACAAUGAGGCGGAAGAGGAGAUCGAGGAGACAGCUCAGGAAAAGAAGCUGAGAUUAGCCAAACUGUACCUGGAACAGCUUCGUCAGCAGGAGGAGGAAAAGGCUGAAGAGGAGGCUUUCAAAGAGGAAUUGGUGGCUGGCCGCCUGAAAGAAGAUGUGCUCGAACAAAAGGGAAAACUGCAGCGACUGAUCGCCAAAGAUCUGCAGCCUCCAGAUCCAGCAGAAAUCAGGGUGCUACGAGGGCACCAGCUGCCCAUCACCUGCCUGGUCAUCAGUCCAGAUGAUAAGUACAUCUUCUCAGCGGCCAAAGACUGCUCCAUCAUCAAAUGGGAUGUGGAAAGCGGGAAGAAGGAGCACAUGAUCCGUGGAGGGAAGAAGGGCACAGAAGGGCAUGUUGGCCACACAGCACACAUUCUCUGCAUGGCUAUCUCCUCGGAUGGCAAAUACCUGGCCACAGGAGACAGGAACAAACUGAUCAUGAUCUGGGAGGCUGCAACCUGCAAGCACCUGUAUACAUUCACCGGGCAUCGAGAUGCUGUAUCGGGCCUGUCGUUUCGGAAAGGCACGCACCAGCUGUACAGUGCCUCACACGAUCGCUCCGUCAAAGUCUGGAACGUGGCAGAGAACGCCUACGUGGAGACACUGUUUGGACACCAGGAUGUCAUCACAGGACUGGACAGCCUGAGUCGGGAAUGCUGCGUCACAUCAGGUGGGAGAGAUGGCACCAUCCGGGUCUGGAAGAUUCCUGAAGAGUCUCAGCUUGUGUUCUACGGGCACCAGGGCUCCAUUGACUGCGUCCAGCUGAUCAAUGAGGAGCACAUGGUAUCUGGUGCAGAUGAUGGGUCUGUUGCCCUUUGGGGUCUUUCAAAAAAGAAACCACUAGCAACUGUGAGGCAAGCACACAGUAACCAUGGUGCCCAGGGACUGGAGCAGCCCUAUUGGAUCUCCUCAGUGGCUGCCAUGCUGAACAGUGACGUUGUAGCUACAGGUGCCUCGCGCUGCUCAUGCAGCGCCAGCGUGAGGCUGUGGAAGUGCAACGAGGGAUUCCGCAAGCUGGAGCUGCUCUUCGACAUCCCCCUGGUGGGCUUUGUCAACAGCUUGAAGUUCUCAAAUGCAGGGGACUUCCUGGUGGCUGGAAUCGGGCAGGAGCACAGGUUGGGCCGCUGGUGGCGAAUCAAAGAAGCCAAGAACAGCAUCUGUAUCAUCCCCCUGAAGAGGAUGGCAGCAGCUAGCAGUGUGCAGACGGGUGAAGGCUCCUAACCCAAAACUCCCUCCUGCCUCUGUCUGCACAGUUCUGUCACAGCUGGAGCUUUUGGAAAGAGACUUCGAAGUUCGGUUUUUCAUUAAACCAUCCCCUCAUUUGUAUGCCCUGCUGUCUUUGUCUCGCAGUCCAUCCUACUUGCCAGAACCUAGGUGGCAGUUGCUAGUGUUGAUUGUACACUGGGCAUGGGAGGCAAGUGACGGCAUUUGGAAUGGAGGAGAACAUCAGGCCUCCUCGGUUCUUGCCUACCCCUCCUGCAGCUGCCCACUCGCUCCUACCCGCAAAAAAGAAAGUGCAGCUGCCAAACCUGUUCACAACAGUUACGGGCAGAGAGAUCUUCUAUGUCCAUGGGGAGCAUUGUGCCAUGACAGCCUUGCUUUGGCCCCUUUCCUUUCUGGCCUCCAGCACAGCUGUGCCACACCUCAUCGCUGAAGGAGAAAGUCCUCUAACCAGGUGAAGCCCUGCCUCACAGCAGGGCUGGGAUCAUCCAGUGGAGGCUGAGGGGAGAUUAAAGGGAGCAGCACAGGUUUGGGAUUUAUGGCAGAGAUGUCAUGAAGAACUUGCUUCCUGCCUACUGAAGGUGGAGCUCUCUGGGAGUUUUGGCCCCUCCUGCUUGUCCUUGGCAGGGGAUAACUUUCUUUGGGCAAAGUUAGAGUCAAGCUUGGCUUUGCUGAGGACAUCGUGUCAUAAGGGAGGAGCUGGAACUUGGCCAAAUUGAAUGUCUUGGGGUUAUGUGAAUAAGCAGUGUUCCUUUGGCUUGAGAUCAGUCUGGGGCAGUGCACGGGCUGAGUGACAGAGGGACAGGGCAUCUAGUACCCUCUGCUGCCUUGUCUUCCCACAGGAACAGACCUCUGACCAGUCUGGUCUCGGCAAUAUGACUUGCCCUGUCUUCCUGUGCUCAGUUUGCUUUGGGAGAUUGUGCAUGACUUAACAGUAGGUGAGUUGAUCACUGCUGUACUUGAGCCAUGCAGAACAAAGGUCACAAUAGACCCCUUUCAGCAUUUAGGCUCCUGUACAGAGUGCUGCUGCAUUUGUUUCUGCCUGGCUCUGGUCUCUGAGCCUAGAGCUCUGCAGUCGGAGAGGGACUUAGACCCUCGGAUGAUGCAUCGGGCUACUUUUUUUUUAAAGUUAAACCAGAGAAGUGGGGGUCUCAGAAAUAGGUGCCUGGUGUUGAAAUGCUGACCUGCAGGAGGGUGACUUUUCUCUCACUUCAGCAACAGCUAACAGCUGCUUGUUUAUUCCUGGCUUCAGGGAAGCUGAGGCUGACUACCAGCAGCUCUGGCUUUGGUCUCUUUUGUUGCCAGCCCCUCCAAGAUUUGCCCAGUCUCUUGGUCACAGUGAGUAUCUCCUAUGCUGGUGAACUGUCAGCAAGCCAAGCCCUUUGCAUAAAUCCCCAACUGAACUCGGUGCUCAUACAUACUGGGUGCCAGGAGAGAGAAGAACAAUCAUUACGUCAGACCCCUUCGUGGCUGCUGUUGCUAUUUAGCACCUUUUCAUCACUUUGGUCAGUGUUGUCCUUCCUAUUUUAGAGAUGGGAAAAUAGGCACAGAAGGGGAGUGAUGGGGCCAAUGUCACCCACUUGCCCUUCUCUGUACAGAUACUGCCAAACAGGCACCAGCUUGUUACUGACCAGGCAUUGACUGGAGCCAGGGACAUAUCAAUUGCUUUGUGACUCCUAUAUGACCAUGGCAUCUUGAGGUGCCACCUGAGCAUGGCACCCUCAAUGCAUUGAGCAGCUUACAUUCUAAGUAGCAAAGUACAUAAAAGAAAUGGUAUUAUCAUUUUACUGGGGGAGAGGAGGGCUGUCUACUGCUGAAGGUUGCUUGUAGCUGUUUGUAGAAGAGCAGAGUCCCAUGAGCCACCCAGCCCCCCUGGUUAAGAGCUCAUAUUCCCAUGCUCCCUCUCCCCUUGCUUUACACAGAGACUCUAUGAAGGCCCCCUGGCUGCUGCAAAGUAUUCAAUUAAAAAAAAUGCACUUUAUUUACAUAAAUUACAAAAAUCACAAACUUGUUCACAAAAAAAUCUACUCUUAAAAACUCGCAUUGUUGGAAAUACAUGGAUCACACUGAGAGCUCUAGCUGAGGUUCAAACAAAACUCACCAUUUCUUCUGCAGCCUACAGCAUGGGAAUUUGCUCUUGUCUGAAAGGCUGCUUCCAAGAAAUAGCUUAUAAAAAUUAAAAAACACCAAGAGAUAGAUAUAGAGUUAUAUUCCCCAGCCCAGUCUGUCAUUUGGUUUUCAGUAUUUCCUACUGACCUGGAGCAGCAGGAGUGACGAGCAAUGAAUAACAGCAGGGGUUGUUCAGUGACAUGGAGUAGUGCGCUGAUUCUGGGGCUGUUCAGUACCCUGCAGCACACGCCUAGAUAGCAGCUGCACUAGCAGUGUUGGUGCUGCUCUGCUGUUAGCUACCCUCCUUUCCUCUCUGUUAGAAGUACAAAGGUGGCAGAAACCCCAGGAUGGCAGUGCUCAACUGCUGCAUUUCUUAGAGGUCUGUUGGAUGCAGGCAGAUCCUGUGGUGCCGCCUCAUUCUCUAGUUGCUUACCUUGAGAUGGGAUAUGGGGCUGUGAAUUCAACCUUGCCCCUUUGUGUGGUGGUACCACUCAGCCCUUCCUACCCAAGAGAAUCAGUACAAUGGCUAAGAUGAGCCUGCUGUCCUGGAGGAAAAUGCUGUGGGAAAGAGGUAUGGGCAGAAGAGUGCAGCAUUGGCACUGGCAGUGUGUCUGAGCUCAGGAUGUUGGCUUUCUAGUGCUUAGUACCACCAUCCUGGGGCUAGUGGGAGAACGUAUAACUGGCAGAAGCCUCCUCAAAGGCAUUAGAUGUACUUUUGCUUAAUUCCUCUGGAUUAAAUACGUUGAUAUAUAUAGAUGGUGAGUUUUCCAAGCGGCUAACAAUGUAGUUUGGGACAGGAAAUGUAUUCAGAAGCCGAACUACAUUCGGAAGGCAAAAGACAGGUGGCUGUUACAUUAACACACUAAGUAGCUUGCGUCUCAUGCAACAGUUACCCCUGUGUUUUAUAACUGCUGUGUUCCUUUUCCUGCUUCAACUUCCUAUGCCAAUGGGCAAGACAGUUGCUCCUUGUGUUAUUGCCACAGACAUACCAUGGAGUUGAAAUCAAAUUGCUUAACACGGUGCAGUAAAGAUUUUCUUAUGUCCCCCUGCUGAUCCUUGUAACCUUUAAAUCCCAUUGCCCUGUCUUUCCACAGGCUGUUGCUCCCUGUGUUUGUGACAGAUGCACACAGACAACAGGAAAACGUCCAACCAGGGAAAAAAAUACAAAACCCCGGACCUCUAUGGAAGCUGCUGUACAAAAAAAGAAACAUCAAGGUGGUUGCCCUACAGCAGAGCCAUCUCACUGAGCCUGUGGGCUGCAUGUGGCUUGGCCUGGGAGGGGUUAAGUUGUGGCCCCUGGGCUCCUGCCCAGUUGCCACUCCCUCUGUGCUCCACCUUCCUGUGACUUAUGCUGUGUCCCUGCCCCAGGGGGUGGGAGUGUGGCAUGGGGAGCUGAGGGUGAGCCUGGGACUGUGUGUUUGGUGCAGCAGAAGCAGGGUGGAGGGAAGGGAGAGGUCUGCACAGCAUACAGCCCAGGGCGGGGGCCAUGGCUUACCCUGGUGUGGCCCUCAGUCAAGUUGGACAGCGCUGCCUUAUAGUAAGCUUUGGAGCUAUUUGUAACCAUAAUAAGUAAAAUAAUUCAGUGUGAAAUUAAUGUCUCUUCAAGGUUUUUUUCUUCUUUUAUUUUUAUCUCUUCUGCUAUGUAAAG